UUCCGGCGUCCUCCUCGUGGCGGUCAUUUUGGCUUUUCUGGAGUUUGGCCACCCUGAGGCUUCGGAGCCCCGGGUCGGCGACGGAUAAGACGCGAAAGCGUUCACCCCGCUACAAAGAGGCGGCUCUAAGGCUUGGAGGCGGCGCACCCCGAGGUGACCCGCAGCAGGCUGGGAUCAAGAUUUCCCUGCCCCACAGCCCUGCUCCGUCCGCUGAGUCCGAUGGCGGCGGCCGCGCCCAGGGACCCGGCUCAGGGUAUGAACUUUGAAGAUGUGGCUAUUGACUUCUCCCAGGAGGAAUGGGGGCUCCUUGAUGAAACUCAGAGACUCCUGUACUGCGAUGUGAUGCUGGAGAACUUUGCACUUGUAGCAUCACUGGGUAAGAUUAUCACAUUGCUCCUCGUGUCCCAGAAGAUCCACCCCUGUGAGAUGUGUAUCCCAGCCUUGAAAGAUAUUUUGUACCAUCCUGAGCACCAGACAGUAUCCCCUUGGCAGAAACCAUACUUGGGUGCCACAUGUAUGAGAUGCUUCUCUUUCCAUGCAGACCUUCACCACCAACAGAGGCAUGGCAGUGGGGAGAAGCCCUGGAAAAGAGAUGUGGACAGGGUCUCAUGUGUGACAAGCUGCAACUUCUGUGUGUCAGGGCAGCCUUUCACAUGUAGGAAGGUUGGAGAGGACUUCCUAGCCACCUCGGGACAUCUUCGGCUCCAGACCAAUCCCAACAGUGAGGAGCCACACGGUGGCAGCCAGAGUGGGGAGGCUUUUCACAGCGGAAAAAGUCAGUACAAGGGGGGUGAAUGUGAAAAAGCUGCCAGCCGCAGCCAUGCACUUGAUCAACAUCAGAGUGUCUGCUCUGGAGAAGGGCUUUAUGAGUGUGGCAAAUGUGGGAAAGCCGUUGGCUGCAACUACAGACUUGUGCAGCAUCAACAAAUUCGCAGUGGACAAAGGCCAUAUGGGAGUGGUGAAUGUGGGAAAUUCUUGAGCCAAAUCUCUGGCCUUAUUAAAGACUGGAGAAUUCUCAGUGAUAAAGAGCCUUAUGGGUGUGGAGAAUGUGGACAAUCUCCUACCCAUAACUUCAGUUUCAUAAAACACUGGAGAAUUCACACUAGAGAAAGAACUUUUGAAUGCAGUGAAUGUGGAAAAGUCUUUAUUCACAGAUCUAAACUCAUUCACCACCAGAGACUACACAGUAGAGGAAUGCAUUAUGGGUGUGGUGAAUGUGGGAAAUCUUUUAGCUACAAAUCCAACCUCAAUGAACACCGUAGAGUUCACACUAGAGAAAGGCCUUAUGAGUGUAGUGAAUGUGGGAAAUGCUUCGGACAAACCUCUAGCCUUCUCAGACACCAGAGAGUUCACACUGGAGAAAGGCCAUAUAACUGCAGCGAAUGUGGGAAAUCCUUUAGACAAAUCUUUAACCUCAUUCGACAUGGGAGAAUUCACACUAGAGAAAUGCCUUAUGAGUGUAGUGAUUGUGGGAAAUCUUUUAGCUGCAAAUCUGAACUCAUUCAACACCAGAGAAUUCACAGUGGAGAAAGGCCUUAUGAGUGCAAUGAAUGUGGGAAGUUCUUUAGACAGUUCUCUAACCUCAUUCGACACCAGAGUGUUCAUACUGGAGAAAGGCCUUAUGGGUGCAGUGUUUGUGGGAAAUCCUUUAGCCGCAAAUUUAUCCUUAUUCAACAUCAGAGAGUUCACACUGGAGAAAGACCUUAUGAGUGCAGUGAAUGUGGAAAAUCCUUUACCCGAAAAUCUGACCUCAUUCAACAUCAGAGGAUUCAUACUGGCACAAGACCUUAUGAGUGCAGCGAAUGUGAGAAAUCUUUUAGGCAACGCUCGGGUCUUAUUCAACACCAGAGAGUUCAUUCUGGAGAAAAGCCAUAUGAGUGUGGGGAAUGUGGGAAAUCCUUUAGCCAAAGUGCCAGUCUUAUUCAACACCAGAGAGUUCACACUGGAGAAAGGCCUUAUGAGUGUAGUGAAUGUGGGAAAACCUUUAGCCAAAGCUCUAGCCUUAUUCAGCACCGGAGAGGUCACACUGGUGAAAGGCCUUAUGAGUGCAAGGAAUGUAGGAAGCCCUUUACCCACAAAUCUGACCUCGUUCAACACCAGAGAGUUCACACUGGAGAAAGACCUUAUGAAUGCAGCAAAUGUGGGAAAUCUUUUAGCCGCAAAUCUAACCUCCUUAGACACAGGAGAGUUCACACUGGAGAAAACCCUUAAAUGGGAGGAAUGUUAGAAUUCUGUGUAGUAUUGCUGAAUAGCAUUCUAUUCUAUGGAUAAUGGCUUUAUCUGUGCAUCUGUUCUGGACAUACAGGUUAUUUCCAGGUUUGGAGUAUUUACAAAUAAAGCUGCUAUGAAUAUUUACAUUAA